UCUGUGCUCCAGGAUGCAGGCAGCAGAGAAGUUCAGUUUUGAGCUCUGCAAAGAGACGGCGGAUUGGCUCCUGGGUCACACGAAACAGCGGCCUCAGAUCGCCAUCGUCUGUGGCUCCGGGCUGGGUUUGCUGGCCGACAACCUGAAGAACCAAGAGUCUUUCCAGUACACUGACAUCCCCAACUUUCCACACAGCACAGUGCCGGGCCACGAAGGACGUCUCAUCUUUGGGGAGCUGCAAGGCAAGCCAUGUGUUUGUAUGAAGGGGCGUUUCCAUCUUUAUGAGGGAUACCCUCUUUGGAAGGUCACCUUCCCGAUCCGUGUGUUUAAGCUCCUGGGCAUCAAAAUACUGCUGGUGACCAACGCAGCCGGAGCUUUGGAAGACUCAUACCACAUUGGGGACUUCAUGGUUAUCCGGGACCACAUCAACUUGCUGGGCUUGGCUGGCCAAAACCCACUGCUUGGGCCCAACGAAGAGAGGUUUGGAGCCCGUUUCCCAGCUCUUUCCGAUGCCUACGACAGGAAGAUCUGCGCGUUGGCCCUGCAGAUAGCCAGGCGCCUCGGCUAUGCCUCCUUCGUCAAAGAGGGAGUCUACUGCAUGGUUGGAGGUCCCAACUUCGAAUCCAUCGCGGAGGCCCGGUUGCUGCACUUGUUGGGAGCUGAUGCUGUGGGGAUGAGCACUGCGGCCGAGGUGGUAGUGGCCAGGCACUGCGGAUUACGGGUCUUUGGUCUGUCGCUGAUCACUAACAAGGUGACCAAGGAGUACGAUGCCCAGGAGGUCGUGGACCAUCUCCACGUGCUGGAGGUGAGCCAGAGGCAAGCUUCCGUCCUCCAGAGAUUCCUCACAGAACUCGUAGGCCAGCUGGAGUGGAUCGACAGCGACCCGGAAGACAAGGAGACCGCGUGUCAGAACGGAACCUGA